AUGGUUGCUGGGCUACUAAGGAAGCAACGCUUGCACAGUGUUCAUGGCCUGCCCAGGUUCAGGCAGAGGCUGAUAUCCCUGGAUGAAGAGACGAUUCUUGAUGAAAAGCGUUCGCUGAGGCCCGGUGAAGUUCAGGUAGUAGUGUUAAACUUCUGCCCGGCAUCUGAAGUGGAAGUGCAAGCGCUUCGGGAUGCCGCAAGAGGCGGCCUCGCAUCUGAAGUGGAGCGCUUUCUCGAAAGGCCGCAAGACCCAGAUGUGGGUGAUCCGCUCCCAAUGUUCCAGGCAGCCAAGCACGGCCAUGUGGAGGUGGUGCGCCUGCUGCUGGAGGCCAACGCGGACAAAGACAAGGCUACGAAUGCUGGGGCCACCCCUUUGUUCAUUGCAGCUCGGCAUGGGCAUUUGGAGGUUGCACGUCUUUUGCUGGAUGCCAAUGCGGAUAAGGACCAAGCCAAUGAGAAUGGCACCUCCCCUUUGUUCAUUGCUGCACAGCAGGGGCAUUUGGAGGUGGCUCGUCUCUUGCUGCAGGCCAACGCGGACAAAGACAAGGCUAUGAAUCGCGGCGCCACCCCUUUAUUCAUUGCAGCUCAGCAGGGGCAGUUGGAGGUUGCACGUCUCUUGCUGGAGGCCAACGCGGAUAAGGACAAGGCUAUGAAUCGUGGCGCCACCCCUUUGUUCAUUGCAGCUGAGAAAGGGCAGUUGCAGGUUGCACGUCUCUUGCUGGAGGCCAAUGCGGAUAAGGACAAGGCUGUGAAUGAUGGCGCCACCCCGUUGUUCAUUGCAGCUCAGCAGGGGCAUUUGGAGGUGGCACGUCUCUUGCUGGAGGCCAAUGCGGACAAGGACAAGGCUAUGAAUCGCGGCGCCACCCCUUUGUUCAUUGCAGUUCGGCAGGGGCAGUUGGAGGUUGCACGUCUCUUGCUGGAGGCCAACGCUGACAAGGACCAGGCUGUGAAUGAUGGCGCCACCCCUUUGUUCAUUGCAGCUCAGCAAGGGCAUUUGGAGGUUGCACGUCUCUUGCUGGAGGCCAAUGCGGAUAAGGAUCAAGCCAAUGAGAAUGGCACCACCCCUUUGUUCAUUGCAGCUCAGCAGGGGCAUCUGGAGGUGGCACGUCUCUUGCAGGAGGCGAACGCGGACAAGGACAAGGCUACGAAUCGCGGCGCCACCCCUUUAAUCAUGCAGCUCGGCAGGGGCAGUUGGAGGUUGCACAUCUCUUGCUGGAGGCCAACGCUGACAAGGACAAGGCUAUGA